UUUUUUUUUUUUGGUUUCUUUUAAAAAAAAAGACAUUAUGGAACAACAAGUUUUAUCAGCUGCAUUCCCCAUACUCAUUUUAGGCUUGGGUUGGACAGGCCAAUUUUUGGCUGAGCUUCUUGUUUCUUUACAGUUAAAUUAUGCCGCAACCACGAGAGACGGUCGAAAUAAUACAAUUGCUUGGAAUUUACCUUCCGAUGCAAAAGACAUGGAUGUCAGCCCUUUACCGUUUGCACAAACUGUCUUGGUCACCUUUCCAGUAAUGCAACCCGAAUGUAUGACAGCCUUAAUGGAUGCCUAUCAAAAACAACAUAAUCAAACCUCGCAAUGGAUCCUACUUUCUUCCACGCGUCCCUUCAAGGGAGAUCCAGCCACUCGACAUACACCGUUAGACCGAACCAAGGACACGGGUCGCAUGGGAGCGGAAGAUGUGAUUUUGGAGCGUGGAGGAAGUGUGCUUCACCUUGCUGGAUUAUGGGGUGACCAAAGAUUACCAAAGAAUUGGGUUCCUCGAUUUGCUACAACGGAAGCGAUCCGAAACAAAUUAUUAAACCGUCAACUUCAUUUGAUUCAUGGUAAGGAUGUGGCUAGAAGUAUUGUUGCUGUGCAUGAAAAUUUCAGGCCUGGUGAGCGUUGGAUUGUGACGGACAAUGGAUGUUACGAUUGGAUUCGUUUAUUCUUGGCUUGGGGUAACACGGAACAAAUCGUCAUCGCACGCGAUUUGGCACAGCAUGACGAGACAUGUCACAAAGCAUUAGGUGAAGGUACAUUAGAGGAUAUCGUGCGUUGUGGAGGUGUCAAGCCAAAAUUGGAUUCAACAGAGUUUUGGGAUACCUUUCAAUUACAACCUACCGAGUAUUUAAAGAUUGAAUAAAAUAUCUAUUUUUUUUUUUUUUU